AUAGACGAAGAGCACGUCAUGCAACAUGGCUGAAACUGCAGAGAAGUCAAAGAGCAACCCGAAUUCUGUCAAAGAAAUAUUUAAAACGAUGAGCUAUGGACCUGCUCCAGAAGCAGACAAUGUUGUGAAGGCUUGGUUAGAUGACCAUGGUAAAGACUUUGGACUUUUUAUUGAUGGGAAAUGGGUGAAACCAGAUGGCAGGAAGAAAUAUUUAACAAAGAACCCUGCAACUGGUGAAGAGUUGGCAUGGACCACUCAGGCAGAGAAGCCAGAUGUAGACCUGGCUGUCAAAGCUGCUGAGAAAGCCUACCAAAGCUGGAGCAAGACUUCCCCCCAUGUCAGAGCUAGGCACCUCUAUAGCAUUGCCAGACAUAUCCAGAAGCACAUGCGUUUAUUCAGUGUCCUUGAGGCUAUGGAUAAUGGUAAAACUAUCCGAGAGACCAGAGAUGCUGAUAUUCCUAUAGUGGUCAGACAUUUCUAUCAUCAUGCAGGCUGGGCCCAGUUGAUGGACACAGAAAUGAGAGGAUGGAAAUCUGUUGGUGUAAUUGGUGCCAUUGUACCUUGGAACUUCCCAUUAAUGUUGCUGACGUGGAAGAUUGCCCCAGCCCUGGCCAUGGGUAACACAGUUAUACUAAAACCCGCUACAUAUACUCGCCUCUCUGCUCUCCUAUUGGCUGAAGUUUGUGCAGAGGCGGGUCUUCCACAUGGUGUCUUCAAUGUUGUCACCGGUAGUGGUGCUAUGGGCAGUAUGUUAGCUGACCAUCCAGCUGUGGACAAAGUGGCCUUUACUGGGUCAACAGGGGUGGGACAGACUCUGCGUCGCCUAACAGCUGGAAGUGGUAAGAAGCUGUCCCUGGAGCUGGGAGGGAAAUCUCCAGUGGUGGUGUUUGAGUCGGCAGAUUUAGAUAGUGCUGUGGAAGGAGUGGUGGAUGCCAUCUGGUUUAACCAGGGACAGGUCUGCAGUGCAGGUUCAAAGCUUUUGGUCCAGGAGUCAGUAUAUGAAAAAAUGGUGAAUAAACUGAAAGAGAGGCUGACCCACUUUCGUGUUGGGAACAGUCUGGAUAAAGCUAUGGACAUGGGAGCCAUAGUGGAUGAAAGCCAGAGGAAGACUAUUGAGGAGUAUGUAGAGGAGGCCAGGAAGGAGGGGGCAGAGGUCUUCCAGAUAAAGGACAGUGUUCCCAGUGGAGGCUGUUUCUACCCUCCCACAAUGAUUACAAAUGUACAGACAGUGUCCAGAGUAGUAGCAGAAGAGAUAUUUGGCCCAGUCCUUGUGGUCCUGCCUUUCAGAACAGCUAAGGAGGCCCUGGCCAUCUCUAACAACACUAUUUAUGGCCUAGGUGGGAGUGUGUGGACAGAGAAUGUGCCUUUGGCCCUGGAGGUGGCCCUGGGCAUUAAAGCUGGCACUGUAUGGAUUAACUGUCACAACAUGUUUGAUGCAGCUGCCGGGUUUGGUGGAUACAAGCAGAGUGGAUUCGGUCGUGAUGGUGGAAAGGAGGGAUUGUUUGAGUAUGUUCGUCCUGCAUGGGAAGAUAGACCAAGGCCAGGUAAAGUGGAGAUGGAUUUGAAAAACUUUGGGGUUACACUCCCACAGAGACCAACUUUUGAGAAUGUGGAAAACAAACAAAUAACAGUUAAUGGAGUUACCUUGCCAAGCAUAGACAGAACCUUUAAGAUGUACUAUGGUGGAGGUCAGAAGAGACCAGAUGCUCCAUAUGUGCGACCUGUGAUAAACCCAGAGGGAAAGGUCGUAGGUCAUGUGGGGGAGGGAAAUCGUAAGGACGUCAGAAAUGCAGUGGAAGUUGCCCAUGCUGCUGCUCCAGGCUGGGGAAAGAGAGCAGCACACAACAGAGCCCAGAUAGUGUACUACAUGGCAGAAAAUCUGGAGAUCAGACGAGAGGAAAUAGCGGGGCGGAUCCAGCUUAUGACAGGGCGUAAAUUAGAGGACUGUCUGAUGGAGGUGGAUCUAUCCAUCCAGCGUCUCUUUCACUGGGGAGCCUAUUGUGACAAGUAUGGGGGUGGAGUGCAAGAAACAACUCUGUAUGGAGCCACUGUAAAGAUCCAUGAACCUGUGGGAGUGAUUGGAAUAACCUGUCCGGAGGAGUUCCCUCUCCUGGGAUUUAUCUCCCUUUUUGCACCAGCUGUUGUCAGGGGCAACACCAUGGUCAUCAUUCCUAGUCAAAAGUACCCACUGUCAGCAUUAGAUUUAUAUCAGGUGUUUGAUACAUCAGACCUUCCUGGAGGUGUGGUCAACAUCCUGACUGGUGACAGAGAACACUUGACUAAGUACCUAACAGAGCAUCAGGAUGUCCAAUCAAUGUGGUACUUUGGGUCAGCGGAGGGGUCAAAGUUCGUAGAGUUCAUGUCUGCAGAGAAUGUCAAGAGAACGUGGGUGAAUUACGGCCUUUUGCGAGACUGGACUGACCCAGAACAAGGCCAGGGGGAGGAGUUUCUGUAUCACUCCGUACAGGUCAAAAACAUCUGGAUUCCCAUGGGAGACAUUUUUGCUAAUUAGUUAAGGACAUUUAAUGACUAUCGGGUAACUUCCAAAUUAUGGCAUAAUGACCUGACCAAAUACUAGUGCUAUGUAUUAUUCUAGGGCUAUUUAUCUAGUAAAGGUUUUCUAAAAUUCUACAAUUUAACAAUCAAAAAUCAUUGAACAAUCAGGUAUGAAUGUUCUUGUUGAGUUUGGUAUUAUGGUCAGAAUUGUUGAAACUUCUAUACCGUACUUACUUUUCUCAUAUACAUGUACAGAUGUUUGAAUGCAUGUAGUUGUUUUUUUACUGAAGUAUUACAAUAUGAUCAUAUAUUAUUUUAUUGGUAUUGGGGUCUUUUGAUUUGCUACAACUCUGGAUUUUUUUUAAAGAUAACAUAUAUUUUAUGCCAUUUUUGUACGUGUCCAUGUAUAUUUGAAAGCUUUCUCACCUGUACAAGUCAGAUGUUGGCAGCUGUCUACUGGAUGCUGAUCAGUGUUUGGAAACUUUUGUCUUCUUACUAUGCAUUUGAUAAAAUCUACCAUAAUAUCUUAAUGUAACUAAAAUUUAACAUGAGUGGCAUUUAAUCUGCAAAUUAUUUUCAUGAAUAUUUUGUAUAUAUUGUGAGAAUGCAAUAGGUAAAUUUGUGAUUUAUUUCUAUGGUGAUUUCUACACAUUUUAUGGAUACAGCUCCAAUUUUCAGAUAAUAUCUCUGAGGAAUUGUUUAAUAUUUAGGAUUUUUUUUUUCAUUUAUAUUUUUACCCCAGGUAAUUGCUUUGUGGAUAUAGAGGAAGCUAAGAAAUCCAGCAGAAUGUUUUGCCUGCAGAUUCCUGGAUGGAAAUUGGUUCAUACCUUUACACAAAAAUCUUCAAUGGACUCAAUUUGCUAUUUGAUUGUGGAUAUUACUGUAGAGAUUUUCAGAGCUAUUAUGGUAAAGAGAUUUCUGAAAUUCUUCCAAAAAGAUAUAUUUCUGAAGAAGGUGUGCAUUACAAUCUAGAUGUCUGAUGGUCUGUAUGGGAACUGAUUGUCAGCCAGUACAAGUAAAGUGUAUGCACCCUGAUAUUUUAGGUUGUAGGACACUCUAUAGGCAACUGUUCAAUUAUUUUAUGCAAAAUACUGUAUAUUGAAAUAUGACUAUGUUUUACAGAUAAAUAAUUGAUAAGUAUUAUAAACAUUAAAAAAAUUGAUAGGUAAUAUAAACAUUAACUACAUAUAUCAUCUUUCUAUUAAAGUUUACAUUGUGUGCAUAAUCAUUUCUGAAUCAGUAGAUCUGUAUGGAUUAAUCAGGAUGCUGUACUUUAUCUUUUGUGUAACUUAAAAUGUUUCAUAUUAGGAAACAUAUCGUGUUACAUUGUUACUUUGUUGAUGUCAAUUUACAUAUAUUGAAUCUUGUUAUUUGUGUUUUGUAAGGGUUCUCAUGUGUGUUCAUGGAUUUUAGGUUCCAUCAAUUUGUUGGUAGCAACUAACAUUCAUAUAUACAGUGUAUAUCCAAUCAUCCCAUAUUAAUGUUCUGACUCUGAGCCAUAUUAAUGUGUCUUGCUUGGUUAUUUACUUAUAUACACAAAAUAUAUACAAGAGCAAUGCAUAAAUCCAGCUCACAGGAAUAUACUAUGUUACCAGACUGUUAAUGGAUAAUAAAAUGUUACUGAUUUAGAAUACCAAAGUUUAUACAUGUACAAAAAUCCACAACUAGUUUAUACAUGUUUGAAUUAUUUUCCUAUAAUGUGUGAUGCUAGUUUGUGCCUUAUGAAGUCAGUGUAUAAUGAAAUAAAGAUGGCUAGCAGA